GGUUUCCGCGGGGCAUUAAAAAGCAUUAAAAGUCCUUAAAUGGAUUUUGCGAAAAUUAAGGCCUUAAAAGGCAUUAAAAAGCAUUAAAUUUGAUUCCUACGGGCAUUAAAAAUUAUGAUAGUUUUGAAGAGAAUUUUAUAUAAAUUUAUUUGAAUAUAGCCUUUAUAAUUCAUAAUUUUUAUUUGCUCUCGCAAAAUAUGUACGUUAGUAUGAUAAACACGCGGAACCAUUUUGGUAAUUGCUUCCGGCCGGAGCAAAAUUGCCGUGAUGCGGAGGUGACGCGGACAUUUUAUACAGCAGUAGACAGGUCUGAAACUACGAAAAUGGGAAAGUGCAAAUUUCAGCUGAAGUGGCUGGAAAACUAAGAUUUCAGGACAUGGUUGCAGCCCGUUAGUGGCAAACAUUAUGAAGGAUUUUGCGGCGUUUGCAAAAAAGGAUUUAAGUUGGGGACAAUGGGAAUCAGCGCCGUAAAAUCCCACAUGCAGUGUGACGGCCACAAAUCGGCGGUAAGAGUCAGACAGCAAACAACUAACGUUAUGUCUAGUUACUUUGGUGUGACCGACAAAUCUACAAGUAACGUUACGACGACAACAGAUGCUGUAGUCACCAACGUUUGUGGAGCAAAAUCGAUCGACCUUCGAUCUGCGUUUGGCUCAAAUGCGACUUUGCAGGCGGAGGUGCUCUGGUGUCUGAACACUGCGGUCCAUCACCACUCUUACGCGUCCAAUGAAGGUGUUUCUGAGUUGUUCCAGACAAUGUUUCCUGAUUCUGAAAUCGUCAAAUCCUUCUCUUGUGGCAAGGACAAAACCAGCUACAUGUUAAAAUUUGGACUUGCCCCAUACUUCAAAAAUCAACUGAUUACUGCAGUUAACAAUGCAGGAUCGUUUGUGCUGAUGUUUGAUGAGAGUUUAAACCACUCAACAAAAAAUAAACAACUAGAUGUCCAUGUUCGAUUUUGGGAGGCUGGUUGUGUCCAGUCUAGUUAUCUGGGAUCACAGUUCAUGGGACAGUCAACGAGUGAAGAUCUACUGCACCAUUUCAAAAAAUCUGUGCACCUACUAGACCUGAAACAUCUCAUUUCCAUCAGUAUGGAUGGCCCCAACGUGAACUUUAAGUUCCUCAAUAAUCUCCAGCAAGAACAUGGUGAACUACAUGGAGGUCGGCAGUUAAUUUCGGUCGGGAGCUGUGGACUGCACACAGUACACAACUCAUUCAAGACUGGCUUUUCCACAUGGAAUAUUGAGAAACUUCUGAGAGCAAUGCACUUUGUUUUUCACAAUGUCCCUGGAAGAAGGGAAGAUUAUACAAAACUCACUGGCUCAUCUCUUUUUCCGCUCUCAUUCUGUGGACACCGAUGGGUGGAAAAUCUGCCUGUUGCAGAGAGAGCUAUUGAGGUAUGGCCAAAGCUGAAAGAAUAUGUGGAAGCAGUCCGUAGAAAAGAACUACCAAACCCUGGAACCUCUUCAUUUGAUACCAUUGAAGCAGCAAAUAAAGAUCCCCUGAUCUUAGCCAAACUUCAGUUUUUCUUGGCGUUAUCCAGAACGUUUUGUCCAUUCUUGAAGAAAUACCAGACUGAUGAGCCAGUCUUGCCAUUUCUGUGCAGAGACUUGACAGAGUUAAUGAUGGUAAUAAUCUAAUUUCAGCUUUUUUUCAAUGGCUAUUUUUUGUUUCAUGAUUACUUUUGAAGUGGGUAUACCACAUUGAAUAACUAUACGUGUAUAGGAUGGAAUAACAAAGCU